AUGGCUGUGACCAUUGAGAUCUCCCUUCUCAGCGGCCGUCGGGCACUGGUCCGGGCCCGCUUAGACGACACCGUCAAUGAGCUUCGGAAAAGUGCUGAGAGGCAGCUGGGACUGGAUCUUGGCGUACUGCUCACAGAGGACGGUCGCGAACUGAUGGGCUUCGGCACCCUCCGGGAAGCUGGGUUCUCUGAGGGCGGUCGUGUCAGCGGCACCGUGCGAAGGACGGAGCUGAUCUCCGCGUACGGCUGCCUGCAGCGCAGCGGGGACGCUUGGCCUCUGGAUCUCCUGUGGGAGCUGGAGGCCUUUGCGGCGCUUCGGCCAGAUGGCAGGGUGAUCACAUGGGGAGACCCUGGAUGCGGGGGUGACAGCAGUCUGGUUCAGGACAGAUUGGUCGGAGUGCAAAGCAUCAGCGCAGCAUCGCGGGCAUUUGCCGCUCUUCGCUCAGAUGGGGCUGUGGUGACGUGGGGCGAUCCCACUUAUGGUGGAGACAGCGGGCCUGUGCAGAAGCAGCUGUGUAGGGUCAAAAGCAUCCAUGCAGCAGCCUACGCUUUUGCGGCUGUCCGAAUGGACGGCGCUGCGGUCGCCUGGGGCGAACAUCGCUACGGUGGAGACUGCAGCGCCGUGCAACAUCGGCUCUCAGACGUUGUUGAUGUGCGAAACACUGCACAUGCUUUCGCCGCUUUACUCGCAAAUGGGCGAGUAAUUACCUGGGGUGCAACAGCAAGCGGUGGCAACAGCGAUGCUGUGCAGGCAGACCUGCGGAAUGUAAUACGCAUUCAUGCAACAGUCUUUGCCUUCGCUGCACUGCGGCGUGACGGCUCCGUGGUGACUUGGGGAGAGCCGGAGUACGGGGGCGACAGCCGCACAGUUCAGCAUCUUCUAACCGAUGUCUCCGAAAUCCGUGCUACGGCGCGGGCGUUUGCUGCUGUCCGCAAAGAUGGAGUUGUGGUUGCUUGGGGCCACAAUCUUUACGGAGGUGACUACAGUGCUGUUGCUGGGCAUCUUCAAGACGUCCGGCAGCUGUAUGCUAGCGCCGCAGCCUUCGCAGCACUUUGCUGGGAUGGGUCGGUGGUGACUUGGGGUGAAGCAGAGUCUGGUGGCACCAGUGCAGCUGUGCAGCAUCAGCUUCGCGAGAUUCAGCAGAUCCACGUUGCCGUGCAUGCGUUUGCUGCCUGCCGGCUGGAUGGCUCCGUUGUGACGUGGGGCGACCCUCGUUGCGGCGGAGACAGCAGCCAAGCGCAGUCGAUGCUGAAGGACGUUCAGGACAUCUGUGCUGGUGCAUACGCCUUCGCUGCUUUGUGCGCUGAUGGCACAGUCCAUUCCUGGGGGGAGCCAGCAUUCGGCGGAGAUAGCUCGGCCCUGCAAGAAGAGUUGAUCGACAUACAAGACGUGAAGUCCAGCGCUUGCGCUUUCGCAGCCUUGAGGUCGGAUGGCCGUAUCCUCACCUGGGGCGAUCCCCGCUGCGGUGGCGACAUCGAUGGACCCCAGUUUGGCAAGGAGCCGGUUCAGCGUUCCCCUUCUGGCCAAGCCUUGCCCGAUGCGGCUCGACACAGCCAUGCCGCGUUUCACCGAACAGCCUGGGCCUGA